CUCGGUUUUCGUUCUUUAUUUAUUUGCCUUCUUUUUUUGGCAGAAGAACUUCACUUUUUUUGGUUUUUUUUUUUCUUCUCUUCUCAUUUUUUUUUUCUUUUCUCUCCGUUGACCAUUCUUCUUUACUGCUUCCAAUCUUCUCUCCAAGUCACAAGAGCACGUAACCAUGAAAUUUGGAGACCAUUUACAGCAGGAGAUUUUCCCACCGUGGCGACUAUCUUACAUACAGUACGAUGUACUGAAAAACGAACUCAAGACCCGGCAAUUGGACCACGGGUGGAACGACCAUGACGAGAGGGAAUUCGUUCGCUUGCUAGAAAAUGAAUUGGAGAAAGUAUACGACUUUGUCACUGCCAAACUGGGUGAGGUGGAAGCCAGAAUCAGCUACUGCGAACGGACUCUUCAGACAUUCAUGAACAAUCAAACCUGGUCUUCUGAACAAAACUGGACAGUAAUGGAUGAUGCUCUGACGGAAGUGCUGUUCGAUGUCAACGAUUUGGCUAGAUUCAGUCGUCUGAACUAUAUCGGUUUUCAAAAAAUUUUGAAAAAGCAUGACAAAUGGACCGGACUUCAACUGCAGCAGGACUUUGUCGAGCAGCUCCGCGAAAAACCGCUUGAUAAUCAACGAUUCGACGUUGCUAUUGUGUUUAUUUCAGCACUCCACGACUUGUGCCGGGUGAAAGGCAAACCACGAACCGGUAAUGCUGCGUCGGGCGGCGAUCAAAAUGCAUUUGAGCGUGCUACUGCCAAGUAUUGGAUUCAUCCGGAUAAUAUUACGGAAGUGAAAUCGAUCAUUAUGCUCCAUCUGCCUGUCCUUAUUUUCAACAAGGACAAAAAAUUCGAACCUUCGGACGCUGCUAUCUCAUCGGUGUAUUACGACAAUGAGGAAUUCGACUUGUAUACGGGCCGUUUACAACGAGAUGAAGGAGCCGAGGCCAUUCGCUUCCGUUGGUAUGGUCCCAUGUCAUCAAGCAGCGUAUUUAUCGAACGCAAAACUCAUCACGCUGCAUGGUUAAACGGCGCUUCGGUAAAAGAUCGGUUCCGACUCCAUGUGAAUGAAGUCGAGCAAUUCGUCACUGGCGAACUCACCGCAGAUAUCUACGCAAACCAAUUGGUGGCCAAAGGCACGGAUCCAAAAAUGGUGGAGGAUAGUCAUUUCAUCGCCAAAGGUGUCGAAACGUCGCUUCGAGAGAAACGCCUGCAACCCGUUCUACGUGCAUUCUAUAACCGAACGGCGUUCCAAUUACCUGGAGAUCAACGAGUUCGUGUGAGUCUGGACACCGAUCUGACUUUUAUUCGCGAAGACAAUUUUGAUGGCCAGAAGCGGCGUGGUCCACGCCAAUGGCGUCGGCCCGAUGUCGGCAUUGAUUACCCUUUCAACUAUCUUGAUGACUCUGAAAUUCUCCGUUUUCCAUACGCCGUGCUUGAAACCAAGCUCCAGACCCAUUUAGGACAAGAACCACCGCAAUGGUUGACCAAGCUGGUGGAUUCCCAUCUCGUUCACGAAGUUCCUCGCUUUUCCAAAUAUCUCCAUGGUGCUUGCUAUUUCCAUCGUCAGCGUAUGCCUUUGUUGCCAUGGUGGUUGUCCGAGAUGCAAUUGGAUAUCCGUAAGCCUCGAUCAAGCAACUUCGGUUUGACCCGGUCCAAGUCCUUCAAACCGCUCAUCGAUGGCAAGUAUCGUCGUGCGAUGGAGACCGAAGAACGACGUAUGAGCAUCGUAGCACGUUCGUUGAGUAAGAAGUCUCGACCGUCCGUCCGCAGAAACGUGUCCCCAGCAGGUCAACCCGUCGAGGUGAAUCUUCUUGACGAUCCUUUGUCAGCCCAGGGUAAUCGCAACCAAACGUUACCAAGACCCAUUCAACUCCACGAUCGACAGUCAACGACCGGCGAUACUUUGGUUGGAUCACCCUUGUCGGACAAGCACCUAGUUGAUCGAAGCGGGACUCCUUAUACCUUCUAUUCCCAAGAUGGACCAGCUGUUUCCAGUGUAUCAUCGCAAGAUCCGCUAUGGAACUUUUCAAACCACAAUAAUCACGACGAUCCUAACAGUUCGACAUUAUUAAUAGCAGGCGAACAACCACUUGAUUACGGAUUACCGGCUAACAAGGGAGGCAAAAAGAAGAAGAAGAAAGAUCAGGACCUUGAGAUGCGCGAAUUGGGUGAACCGGUGGUACCUGGUACAUUGGUAGAGGAUCAAGUUGUGGUGGACAUGGAUGGCACUAAACCCAAGGCGUGGCGACGUGCCAUGGGCGACAAUGGCAAGCCAAUGUAUGUCAAGGAUCCUAACAACAAGGGCGGUGUUAUUCCUAUCAAGAAACUCAAGGUGGAACCCAAGGUGUUCUUCGCCAACGAACGUACUUUUAUCAGCUGGCUCCAAUUUUGUGCCUUGCUGUUAACCGUCGCUCUCAGUUUAUUGAAUUUUGGUGAUGAAGUAUCGCGUAUUGCCGGUGGCAUCUUUUUGGGUAUUGCCGCCCUGAUUGCUAUUUACGCUUUAUACCGAUUCGAAAAGCGAGCAUGGUAAGUCCUUUUUUUUAUAUCCUAUUGAUUCAAGAAAAGUGUGCUAAUACUCUUUCAUAGGAUGAUUAAUCGACGUAUUAUUGGCCGUUACGAUGAUCUGUGGGGUCCUGCUAUUCUCUGCAUUUUGUUAGUAGGCGCGUUGAUCGUCAAUUUUUACUUGCGAUUCCGUUAAACCUUCUUUUUAUGAUAUUAUUUCGUUGUCUUGUUAUCAUUGCAUCCUUCAUUAUAUCCCAUCACAUGUUCACACUAUCUACAAUAUAUAAACACAUUUGAUCAUAUA